GAUGAGGACGAGGAACCCACGCGCGGGACGCAGCUUUCAGCCGCGGGACACGCAGGCCGCCCGACCCUCGCCGCUCUUCCCCGCUCGCGGGAUGUGAGGGCGCGUCGCGGGAGGACACGUUCCGGUCCCCGGGGGGAGGAAACCUUUUGGAUUCCCACCGCGUGGAUCGGCUCCGCGCGGGGGUCCAAAGUGCGCACGCGUUCUGGAUCAUCUGUGGGACGUUUUGGGGCCCGUUUUGCUACCGGCGGACAUCGACGAUCGCACUUCCGAGUGUGGAUUUUUCUUUUUCUUUUUGGUGGGGGUGCACUCGCGGACAACACGCAUGACGUCGGGAUUCUAACCGCGGCGGGUCGCAGGUCUGCACGGGCCGUCUUUAAGCUCCCCCGGUAGGAACUGAGUCUAAGAUGAAGUUAUGGGACGUGGCGGCCAUGUGUUUGUUGCUCCUGAGCGCCGUCGCUAGCCGGCCCCUCUACCAAAGCACCGAGCCAGCCGAGAGGACCUUUUUGGACGCCAGCUACCCCGAUUCUGCACGCCGGUCCGCGGAGGAGCGGCAGGCCGAGGCCGACCCGCGGAUCAUCUCCAUGGAGGAUCAAUAUGACGUCCCGGGUCCUUAUCCGGAGCAGCUCGACGACGUCAUGGACUUCAUCGAGGAGACCAUCGGCAGACUGCGGAGGUCCUCGGAGCCGCGGGGUCCGAGGGAGCGGGAGCAACGGCAGAGAGGGGCGGCAAACACACGAGGCGGCGAAAGGAAGCGAGGACGGGGCAGGGGCGGCGCCGGAAAAGCGGGACGGGGCCAACGGGGCCGAGGGAGGACGUCGGCUCGAGCCGGUCGGGGCUGCCUCCUGAAGGAGGUCCACCUCAACGUGACCGACUUGGGUUUGGGCUACCAGACCAAGGAGGAGCUGAUCUUCCGCUACUGCAGCGGCCCGUGCGCCGAGGCCGAGACCAACUACGACAAGAUCCUCAACAACCUCAGCCACGCAAACAAGCUGGACAGGGACGCGCCCUCGCGCACCUGCUGCCGACCGGUCGCCUUCGACGACGACCUCUCCUUCUUGGACGACAACGUGGUCUACCACACGCUCAAGAAACACUCGGCCAAGCGCUGCGCGUGCGUCUGAUGCGCAAUUUAAAAAAAAAAAAAAAAAAAAACAACGGCGCUGACGACGAACAUGCUGUUACAUUUCCCUCUUUUUUUACAAACUGCGUUUUUUUUAAAAACAUUUUUAUUUCUUACGGAAAAGGUCCCAGGAACAGCGGUUUUCUUUCUCCGGACGGCAGGACGCAGCAGACUUGACACGCCGUCAUACGAAUAUAUAGACAUACUGUGUAUAAAUAUCUUUCCAUAUACAGUACAUGUACGUAUACGCUUGUGUGUAAGAGGUAUAUUUAUUAAGACGGAAUUAAUUUAUUGUUAUUUAUUUCAUUUACGACAAGUUGUUGUCUUUCUUAUUUAUUGAGACCUUUGGAUUGUCCUGGACACCGACAACGUGUUCGCGUCCAAUUCGGAAA